CUGCAGGUGGAGGAGGCAGACGAUUGGCUGAGGCACGGAAACCCCUGGGAGAAGGCUCGCCCCGAGUACAUGCUGCCGGUCCACUUUUACGGACGAGUGGAGGAGACGAGAGACGGGCCCAAGUGGGUUAACACUCAGGUUGUUUUGGCAAUGCCUUACGACACGCCCAUUCCUGGCUACAUGAACAACACUGUGAAUACGAUGAGGCUGUGGUCGGCCCGGGCGCCCAACGACUUCAACUUGAAAGACUUUAAUGUAGGCGACUACAUACAGGCCGUUCUGGACAGAAAUCUGGCGGAGAACAUCUCCCGAGUCCUCUAUCCAAACGAUAAUUUCUUUGAAGGAAAGGAGCUCCGUCUGAAGCAGGAGUACUUUGUCGUGGCAGCCACACUCCAAGACAUCAUCCGCCGCUUCAAGACCACCAAGAAGGGCAGACCGAGCCGCACCACCUUCGAUGCCUUCCCAGACAAAGUCGCCAUCCAGCUGAACGACACCCACCCUGCCAUGGCCAUCCCCGAACUGAUGAGGAUCUUUGUGGACAUUGAGAAACUCGACUGGGAGACGGCCUGGGACCUCACCAGGCGUACGUUUGCCUACACCAACCACACCAUCCUCCCCGAGGCCCUGGAGCGCUGGCCUGUGGAGCUGCUGGAGAAACUGCUGCCCAGACACCUGCAGAUCAUCUACCAGAUCAACCAGACUCACCUAGACAAAAUUGCUGCUCUCUUCCCGAACGACRUCGACAAACUGCGGAAGAUGUCUCUGAUCGAAGAGGACGGCUGCAAGAGGGUGAACAUGGCCCAUCUGUGUAUCGUAGGCUCUCACGCCGUCAAUGGAGUCGCUCAGAUACACUCCAACAUCAUCAAAACCGAAGUGUUUAAAAACUUCAGUGACAUUGAACCGGGCAAGUUUCAGAAUAAAACCAACGGCAUCACUCCCAGACGCUGGCUGCUCCUCUGCAACCCUGGGCUGGCUGAGCUYAUUGCUGAGGUCAUUGGGGAGGACUAUGUGAAGGACCUGAGCCAGCUGAAGAAGCUGAAUGACUUUGUUAACGACUUGGCCUUCCUUCGCGACGUCGCUAAAAUCAAACAGGACAACAAGCUGAAGUUCGCCCAGUUCCUGGAGAAGGAGUACCGGGUGAAGAUCAACCCUUCCUCCAUGUUCGACGUCCACGUCAAGAGGAUCCACGAGUACAAGCGGCAGCUGCUCAACUGCCUGCACAUCAUCGCCUUGUACAACCGCAUCAGGAAGAACCCCAACGCGCCUUUCGUACCGCGAACGAUGAUCAUCGGUGGGAAGGCCGCACCGGGAUACCACAUGGCAAAAAUGAUCAUCAAGCUCAUCACCUCGGUGGCUGACGUGGUGAAUAACGAUCCCGUGGUUGGAGACAAGCUGAAGGUUAUCUACCUGGAGAACUACAGAGUUUCUCUUGCGGAGAAAGUGAUUCCUGCCACUGAUCUGUCGGAGCAAAUCUCCACCGCUGGCACCGAGGCUUCGGGGACGGGCAACAUGAAGUUCAUGCUGAACGGAGCGCUGACCAUCGGCACCAUGGACGGAGCCAACGUGGAGAUGGCCGAGGAGGCGGGCGAGGAAAACCUCUUCAUCUUCGGCAUGCGGGUGGAGGACGUGGCCGAGAUGGACAAAAAGGGGUACGAUGCCAUGAAGUACUACGAGAAGAUCCCCGAGCUGAAACAAGUGAUGGAUCAGAUUGCAAGUGGAUUCUUCAGCCCCAAGAAUCCAGAGCUUUUCAAUGACCUGACCAACAUGCUCUUCAAAUACGACCGAUUCAAAGUGUUUGCAGACUUUGAAGAUUACUUGAAAACCCAAGAAAAAGUCAGCAAACUCUAUCAGGACACGGUGGAGUGGACCAAGAUGGUGAUCAAGAACAUCGCGGCGACGGGGAAGUUCUCGAGCGACAGAACGAUCACGGAGUACGCCACCGAGGUGUGGGGGGUGGAGCCGACCGACCUGAAGAUCCCGCCUCCCAGCGAGCCGCGCGAGGCCAUCGAGGAAACCGCCAAGGCUCUGAGGAAGAUGUGAAAAAUGUUCCUCACCUCCUGAGCUGCCUUUUGCGUUUACAGAACAAAACCUUUAUGCGACACAUUACGUUUUUUUUCCUUCUUCUUCUUCUGUGGUG